AUGAAUGUAACCGAGAAGUACACUGCUCAAGGUGGAGACGGCAUUGAUGAUGGGGCUUGCCACGAUUUAACCCCUAGUGAGUGUCACAAGCCUGGUGUUCAGACACCUCAAGAUCUGUUCAAUCAUGAACGGGGAGAUGUCGACUUCUGUGGCGUCUCAUGGCAAGGAGCCGCCGUCCUCAUUACCAAGUUUCAGAUUGGACUCGGUGCUCUUAGCCUUCCAUCCACUUUCCACGUCCUGGGAUUCUUUCCGGGCAUCUUGUGUUUCAUAAUCCUAGCCCUGACAACAUCGGUGGCUGGCUACGUGUGUGGUAACGCUCGGCAAUACUACCCUCACAUGUAUAGCAUCGGUGACGCGGCCGAGCUGCUCUUUGGAAAAGGCGCACGAGAGCUAACUGGUGCAAUAUAUUAUAUCUAUCUUGCCCUGGUAGCGGGAGCAGGAAUGCUUACCACUUCUGUCGCACUCAACACAUUGUCUGAUCAUGGUACUUGCUCCAUGGUCUUCGUCGGUGUCACUUGCGCUGGCGCCUUUGUCAUUGGAACGGGAUUCAGGUCUCUAGAAAAGGUAUCCUGGCUCAGUUGGAUUGGCGUUGCUGGUAUU